AUGUCAUCAUCGAGUUCAUCCGAUGAAGUCGAUGAAAGAUUGGACGAAAUUUGCGACGAAUACUUGGAAGAAACAUACAACGACAUAGUGGAGGCCCAAAGCAGACCGCAAAGGAGACGUGCUUAUGUAGAACGAAACCGUGAAACAGGACAAGACCGCUUAUGGAAUGACUAUUUCAGCGAAGAUGCGACAUUCUCGUCUCAAUUAUUCAGACGCCGUUUCCGCAUGAAUAAGGAAUUAUUCUUGCGUCUUGUUCAUGGCCUAUCAGAGCGCUUCCCAUGCUUUCAGCAAAGAAGAGAUGCGACCGGGAGGUGGGGUCUUACUGCACUACAAAAAUGUACUGCAGCUAUUCGUCUGCUUGCUUAUGGUACUGCGGCUGACACCGUUGACGAAUAUCUCCGACUUGGUGAGACCACUGCACUUUCAUGUUUACAUAAUUUCACUGACGGAAUAAUACAAUUAUUCGGAAAUGAGUAUCUACGACGACCCACACCGGAGGAUCUUCACAACUACUCGAUAUUGGAGAGGCACGAUGGUUUCCUGGGAUGGUCGGGAGCAUUGACUUCGAAGAUGAACGGGAUGGAUACUCUCGUAUUGAUAUAUCUGAAUUUGAAGAAGGAGACGUCCCCAGAUGUUCAGAGGUGGAAACGGAGAGGCCAACAAAUCUGA